AUGGACAUCCGUAUCCUACGCAACUCGGAUCUGCCGCUGAUCCAGCAUGCCAACCUCGAGAACCUGCCGGAGAACUACUUCCUCAAGUACUACCUCUACCAUGCGCUGUCGUGGCCGCAGCUCAGCUUCGUCGCCGUCGACGUCUCCCGCCCCUGCAAGGGCCCAUACGACUACCCAAAGAUCGUCGGCUACGUCAUCGCCAAGAUGGAGGAGGAGCCGUCGGACGGCGUCCCCCACGGCCACAUCACCAGCCUGAGCGUCAUGCGCACGCAUCGUCGGCUGGGCAUCGCCGAGAAGCUGAUGCGACAGAGCCAGCUCGCCAUGGUGGAAACGUACCAGGCCAAGUACGUGUCCCUGCACGUGCGCGUGUCCAACGUCGCCGCCCGCCACCUCUACGAGACGACGCUCGGCUUCAAGAUCGAGAAACCCGAGGCCAAGUACUACGCCGACGGCGAGGACGCGCUGUCCAUGCGACUCGAGCUCGAGUACAUCAGGAAGCAGAUCGAGGCCGAGGAGGAGCAGGAGGAGGGGGGCGAGGCGGCCAAGACUAACGGCAAGACGAACGGCGAGCACCCGGACGAGGGCGAGGCGGUGGGCGAGGUCGGCCGCGACCCGGAGGCGGGAAAGAAGAAGAAGAAGCUGGCGGUGGGCAGGACCAAGGAGCAGAGCAAGUAG